AACCACUAAAUCUCAAGUGUACUUUUCUGAGGACGACAACGGUGAAGUUAAAGAAUUUCUACCAACAAGCAUGGUGGAUUCAACUCUUUUGCCAACCUAUAAUAUCCACCCACAAACUCAAACUCACCCAAUUCCAAAACUUGAGGACUUUUUUGGCGACUCUUCGUCAAUAGUUCACAGCCAAACCGAGACCCAGGACUCGUCUUUGACUAAUAUUUAUGACCAUAGUUCGGCGUCUGCUUUCUUCAAUGAUCAUCAAGAUCUCAAAGCAAUUGCUGGGUUUCAAGCCUUUUCGGCUAACUCGGGAUCGGAAGUUGAUGACUCAUCUUCCAUGGGUAGGACAACUCAGCUUGCUGGGGCUGAGUUAAUGACUCACUCUAUUGAGUCCACUGGGAGCGAGUUGGGCUUCACUAAUUGUCCUUCUAAUGGCGGUUUAUCCCUGGGGGUUAAAAGCAAUAAUAAUAAUGGUACUAAUACUAAUAUCAAGAACUGCUCUACUGAGAAGGCUAUUGUUUCAGUCGAUUCUGAUUCGACCAGAAAGGUCGCUGAUACUUUUGGUCAAAGGACUUCCAUUUACAGAGGAGUCACUAGGCACAGGUGGACUGGCAGAUAUGAAGCGCAUCUUUGGGAUAACAGCUGUAGAAGAGAGGGUCAGGCGAGAAAGGGGCGUCAAGUAUACCUGGGUGGAUAUGACAUGGAAGAUAAGGCGGCCAGGGCAUAUGAUUUGGCAGCUUUGAAAUAUUGGGGUCCUUCAGCAACCACCAAUUUUCCUGUAUCAAAUUACGCGAAAGAGCUAGAGGAGAUGAAAAAUGUGACCAAGCAGGAAUUCAUUGCCUCGUUAAGGAGGAAGAGUAGCGGUUUUUCAAGGGGAGCCUCCAUGUACAGGGGUGUCACAAGGCAUCAUCAGCAGGGUCGAUGGCAAGCUAGGAUUGGUCGUGUUGCCGGAAACAAAGACUUGUACCUUGGGACAUUUGCCACUGAAGAGGAGGCUGCGGAAGCAUAUGAUAUAGCAGCUAUCAAGUUUCGUGGUGCAAAUGCUGUGACCAACUUCGAGAUGAGCCGAUAUGACGUUGAUGCUAUUGCACAGAGUACUCUUCCAAUUGGCAGUUCUUCCAAGCGCAUGAAGCUCUCACUUGAAACUGAGCCGAAACAGACUCGUAACCAGGAUCUGCAACCACAGUGUAGCAGCAGUAGCAGUAGCAUUAACUUUGCCCCUCUUCAUCCAGUUAAUCCAAUCCCUUGUGGAAUCCCAUUUGAUGUUCUUUAUCAGCAAAACUUCUUCCAAAACUUCCAAGCCACAAACUUUGGCACCGCCAAUUCUCCUGGCUCUGCUGCACCCGUGGCAGCUCCAAUGGCCUUCCUGCCCCAACCAUCCGAGAUCUAUUUCUGGUCUCAUCCCCAGUCUGAUCACCCCCAAUCUUAUUAAAGAAGUUUUAACUCCACCGUAGAUGGAAUUAAGCUAACAAUAGCAGCAGGUUUUUUUUUUUUUUUUUUUUUUGUU